GGUCGCGUUUCCAGUUAAGCUCUUACCGAAAAGGCGGACGGACGGUCUCGAAAUCAUCGUCGGGCUCCGCAGUUUCCUCGCGAUUCAAUGCGACUCGACUCGGCUCCUGGGCUCCUGACAGCCUCCGCGGAAUCCGAAAAUUCCAACAAUUCAAAACCAUUCUGAAAUCCAAAUAAAUAGAUACAAGUGGCGAAGUAUCCGCAGGAAUUGUUCAAAUGAAAAUACAGAGCAGCAAACAGAAAUAGUCGAAGCCAGAAAUCAAAAUGGAUAGAUAAGUGAAAAUAUAUUUUCAGGAAUUACUCAAAUGAAAAGGCCCGCAUAAAAAAUACGCAAAAUUGAAUCUGUUUUCGUGCUACUUGAAAUCAAUGAAAAAUUCAAUGCUAUUAGUGUGUGCAAACAAAAAUAAAUACCGUGUGUGAAUGGAAAAGUGCUCGAGAGUACAUAGGCCGAGAGUCGAAACAAAGAAUAUAUCUUGGACAAACUGCUGCAGCAUGUGCUCCUCGGAUGUUUUCCAACGCCAGUGCUAUUAUUAAAGUAAUUUGUGCGACACUUGCCACCUGUUUGACGACUUUGGAAGAGGCACGCAAUUUAUGCAAACGACUCCGAGAAGAAAGCGAUCUGAUUCACGGAGGAAAAGCGAGUGUGUCGGCAGUCGUUGACCCAGUAUUGAACGGUUUAACGUUUUGAACGAGAAACGCGCCGAAGACGUCCGCUGAGCUGAGGGACGAAGAAAGAGACGGGUAGAGGGGCGGCGAAAGAGAUAGCAGAUAGCCCCGGCGACAAUCACAGAGGCCACAAAGACGACUGCUGAGAUUUAUUAGGAGAGAUACCCGGCGUACAAGGCAUAAAAGUCAAUGACCACAUCAACUGGCGACCGCAGGCAGCGAUUUUAUUAAGCAAACGCCCCCACAUAAAUUAGUAAUCAAGCCACGCGGCCCCCGGCGAAACUAAUAAGAGGGCUUCAUUUUUAUUGAAAUUAUGAUUAAUGAUGUGGGCUGCGCGCGCCGUCGCGGGGCGGUGGCGUAUACGCAAUGAGGCUGAGGCCCCAAGAGGUGACAAUGCUGGGCAGCAGGUCGGCACUGGGUUGCUCACUCGCCGCGUUAGCCCGCUGAAAGACUGCCGAUGGCCGUGUCCGGACAGGAUUGGCGGCGCCACCAGAGCCACCGCCCGCAGAGGAGCCACCGGAACCACCCGAACCACCACCAGAAACUGAUCUCCACCGCCACGCUGACGCUGUUCGUGCUCUUCCUGAGCAGCUGGAUAGCCUAUGCGGCGGGCAAGGCCACCGUUCCCGCCAGCGCUCCGCUCGUGGAAGGCGAGGCGGAGUCGUCCCCGUCCUCCUCCCAGGACUUCAACAGCAGCAGCGCCUUCCUGGGGGCCAUAGCCUCCGCCUCCGCCUCGGCAUCGGGCUCCUUCGGGCUCUCGCCGAUGAACAGCAGUCCCAUUGCCAUAGUCUCCUACCAGGGCAUCACGAGCAGCAGUCUGGGGGACAGCAACACCACCCUGGUGCCCCUCUCAGACACUCCCCUCCUGAUAGAGGAGUUCGCCGCCGGGGAGUUCGUGCUGCCGCCCCUGACCACCAUUUUCGUGAGCAUAGUGCUGCUGAUCGUGAUCCUGGGCACCGUGGUGGGCAAUGUGCUGGUCUGCAUAGCCGUCUGCAUGGUGCGGAAGCUGCGGAGGCCCUGCAACUACCUGCUGGUGUCCCUGGCGCUCUCCGAUCUGUGCGUGGCCCUGCUGGUGAUGCCCAUGGCGCUGCUCUACGAGGUGCUGGAGAAGUGGAACUUCGGCCCGCUGCUCUGCGACAUCUGGGUGUCCUUCGACGUGCUCUGCUGCACUGCGUCGAUCCUGAAUCUGUGCGCCAUCUCCGUGGACCGCUACCUGGCCAUCACCAAGCCCCUGGAGUACGGGGUCAAGCGAACCCCGCGGCGCAUGAUGCUGUGCGUGGGGAUCGUGUGGCUGGCCGCCGCCUGCAUCUCACUGCCGCCGCUGCUGAUCCUGGGCAACGAGCACGAGGACGAGGAUGGCCAGCCCAUCUGCACGGUGUGUCAGAACUUCGCAUAUCAGAUCUACGCCACCUUGGGCUCCUUCUACAUCCCGCUUUCGGUGAUGCUGUUCGUCUACUACCAGAUCUUCAGGGCGGCGCGGCGGAUUGUGCUGGAGGAGAAGCGGGCCCAGACGCACCUGCAGCAGGCGCUCAACGGCACCGGGUCGCCGUCGGCCCCGCAGGCGCCCACCCUGGGCCACACGGAGCUGGCCAGCUCGGGCAACGGCCAGCGGCACAGUAGCGUGGGCAACACCUCGCUGACCUACUCCACCUGCGGUGGCCUGAGCAGCGGCGGAGGAGCCCUCGCAGGACAUGGCAGUGGCGGCGGGGUGAGCGGCUCCACCGGGCUGCUGGGCUCGCCGCACCACAAGAAGCUGCGGUUUCAGCUGGCCAAGGAGAAGAAGGCCUCCACCACCCUGGGCAUCAUCAUGUCCGCCUUCACCGUCUGCUGGCUGCCCUUCUUCAUCUUGGCCCUCAUUCGUCCCUUCGAGACGAUGCACGUGCCCGCGUCGCUCUCGUCCCUGUUCCUCUGGCUGGGCUACGCCAACUCCCUGCUGAACCCCAUCAUCUACGCCACCCUGAACCGGGACUUCCGCAAGCCCUUCCAGGAGAUCCUCUACUUCCGCUGCUCCAGCCUGAACACCAUGAUGCGGGAGAACUACUACCAGGAUCAGUACGGCGAGCCGCCCUCGCAGCGCGUGAUGCUGGGCGACGAGCGGCACGGGGCCAGGGAGAGCUUUCUCUAGGUGGCCUCCGGCAGGAUCAAGGGCCAUCCCGUCUGAGCUGCUCGAGGGAUCUUCUCUAGGUUUCCGGACGAGGGCGACUCUCUGCUCGACAUACUCACCCACUUAAGUCUACACACUGGGGUGCAGAGUCUGUAUGAGUUAGGAAAUGUAAAGUUCUAAGGGGGAAGGUAGUUUUUGGACUGUUUAAAGUGGGUUACCCCUGGUGUCUUAGUUAGUUUAUUAUCCUUGGACAUUGUUCUGCCAGAAAGCCUAAUGAAUUGAGUAAUAUAAAUUCAGCUUUUCAGAAGAAUAUACCUUGAAAUUGAUUAGAUACUUUCUUAGAUAAGUUCGACAAAGUUUUUGAAGACCCCUUACCCUAAGGAUAUGACUGAAAGCUGUCCAAAAACUAGCUUCCACCCCACAGGGCCACCCCAGACACACACAUGGAUAUUUGUAUGUAGUAGUGUUAGUAGUGCGUAUCUCUGUAUAUGUGCACCGCCCGAAACUCGCGUUAUACAGACGUAUUUCAAGUGCGAAUCGUAGACGACUCCUCUAAAUGUAACUUGUUGUUGUAAUUUUAAACGUAGAACUAAGCAAUACCACACACUCACACACACACGGUUGUAACUGUGACAGGUUUCUACGGUUCCUUUUAUGUUUCGAAAACAAUCAGCACCGGAUAUGAGACACAAUCGUUAUCGAAUCUAUUGAUACCCCUGAAAACCCCAACCAAAUCCCACGAGUCCCAUCCCGAAAUUUGCCAGCGUAGUUAGUUAAUUUGCGAUACUCAAACGAGCCAAAAACUAAAUUUACAAACUGCGGAAUGCAGCCAAAAUUAAGCCUACUGAUUAACCUAGAUUAUUAUGUUCUGUGCAAGAAGCUAUCCACUGUAAAUACCCAGCCACCUGCGGCUCUGUCUAUAAAUUAUAUAUAAAAAGAUGUAGAGAAAGUAGCCUAUAUGUAUACACGCGCUCAAGUGAGAAGAACUAAAUUGUAUUUUGUAACUUUCUGCAUUAGUCUUUCGUUGUAUUUUGUAUGAAAAGUCACGCCUCUCUGUGAUACCAAACAUUAAGCAUUACUUUUAUGUUUAGAUCGAAGCUGCAUCAAACGUAAUACACACAACCUAUACAUAUAGCUAUAGUCAACUAAGUGUGCAUGUUUUUAUUGUAUAUGUAUGUAGCACUGCGAGAAGUGCAUUAUGAUAUUCGCCGCAACCAACAAACCGACAAAACAAGCAAAUCAGCCCACAAGAACGAUUGAAACUGAGCUAUUCGUAACUUGAUGAGAUAAACUAUCAACUAUUUACAUAACCCACACGCAUCACCCCACACACCCAUGGAAUUAAAUGAAAUUGAAAAUUGAAAACGGAAAACGGUUAAUGAAAACGAAAAUGAAAAGCAAACAAGGGCAAACGAGCAUGACAAAACUAAGCGCAGCUAAUUAUACGCAAACCGAACUAAAGUUCAUUACAAAAACAAACAUCAAAUAUUAUGAUUAAAAACGAAAAACAAAGUAAUUGAGGAUAACAAACAAGUAAAAACUAAACACUUUCCGAGAGAAGCUUACAAAACUGCAAACUGCAUUUGAAAACUGUUUUCCCGAAAAAGCGUGCGGAAAUUAUGGCAUCAAAUAAAAGGCAAACCGUAUCAAUGUAAA